GAACCACACCACCAACCGCCCGCUUCCAAUGCCUUGACUCAUAAUUCUUCAACCUCGACUUUCUUAAUUGUUUCCUCUCCCACUGGGCCCUUCCCAUUCCUGACCUUCUCGCCAAACCACCAUGGCGACCAAAAUCAUGCCCAUGAGGCCUGGCUCCAGUGCCAUUCGCUCCAUCUCGAGACGGAGACCCUCGUGCUCACAACAAUUUUCCACCACCGCUCCCACCGCAGCUCUUUCACCCUACCGAAAAUCACAAAAAACCACAUCCGACCAAAAAAGAAGACCUGCCACCACUGCGGCAGCUCAAGCACAAUCAACCCGACCUCUCCCCAGUCCAGCCUUCAACAAUGACUUUCGACGUACCGAGCCCUCCCCGUUGGUCAAUCGCCAACAACCCGAGCUCGAUGAUUCAUUCGUUGGUCUCAGUGGAGGAGAAAUCUUCCACGAGAUGAUGCUCCGAUUAGGCGUCAAGCAUAUGUUCGGCUACCCUGGUGGUGCCAUUCUGCCAGUCUUCGAUGCCAUCUACAAUUCAAAACACUUCGAAUUCGUCCUCCCGAAACACGAACAAGGUGCAGGCCACAUGGCAGAGGGCUAUGCAAGAGCAUCUGGAAAACCUGGUGUGGUCUUGGUGACUUCUGGCCCAGGUGCCACGAAUGUCAUUACUCCGAUGCAAGAUGCGCUCUCUGAUGGAACUCCCAUGGUCGUAUUCUGUGGUCAAGUGCCCACCACUGCCAUUGGCACAGACGCCUUCCAAGAAGCCGACGUUGUGGGGAUCUCAAGAGCCUGCACCAAGUGGAACGUCAUGGUCAAGAACGUUGCAGAACUACCAAAACGUAUCAAGGAGGCAUUCGAGAUUGCCACGUCAGGACGACCGGGUCCUGUCCUUGUUGACUUGCCCAAGGAUGUGACUGCUGGCAUCCUUAGACGGCCAAUUCCCAUGCAAUCCACUUUACCCUCGCAUCCUUCCGCUGCCACUCUGGCGGCGAGAGAAAUGUCGAGAAAACAGUUGGAAGGUACCAUCUCCCGCGUGGCAGACUUGGUCAACAUUGCCAAGAAGCCUAUCAUUUAUGCUGGAAAUGGUGUUUUGGGUAGCCCCGAAGGGCCAGGUCUCCUCAGAGAGCUGUCGGACAAGGCGUCUAUUCCCGUAACAACGACUCUGCAAGGGCUGGGCGGUUAUGAUGAACUUGACCCCAAGUCAUUACACAUGCUUGGAAUGCAUGGCGCCGCAUACGCCAACAUGGCGAUGCAGGAAGCCGAUCUGAUCAUCGCCUUGGGCGCUCGGUUUGACGACCGUGUGACUCUCAACAUCGCCAAAUUCGCCCCUCAAGCCAAGGCUGCCGCAGCUGAGAAGCGGGGUGGCAUUGUUCACUUCGAAAUCAUGCCCAAGAACAUCAACAAGGUCGUACAGGCCACCGAAGCCGUAGAGGGAGAUGUCACCACCAACCUGGCCGAGCUCAUCCCCAAGGUCAAGGCCGUAAAAGAUCGACCUGAGUGGUUCGCUCAAAUCAAUGACUGGAAGAAGCGAUUUCCCUUGAGCGCAUACGAGAAGGGCACACCCGACGGCUUGAUCAAGCCGCAAGAAUUGAUUGAAAAGUUGUCCGACAUGACGGCCAACAGGAAACAUGAGACUAUCAUCGCAACUGGUGUCGGACAACAUCAAAUGUGGGCCGCUCAACACUUCCGAUGGCGAUACCCUCGAACCAUGAUUACCUCUGGUGGUCUGGGCACUAUGGGCUUCGGUCUUCCUGCUGCCAUUGGCGCCAAGGUUGCCCGACCAGAUGCCCUCGUGGUUGAUAUCGACGGAGACGCUUCGUUCAACAUGACUUUGACCGAACUGAGCACCGCUAACCAGUUCAAUAUCGGUGUCAAGGUCAUUGUCUUGAACAAUGAAGAACAGGGUAUGGUCACUCAAUGGCAGAGCUUGUUCUACGAGGAUCGAUUCGCCCACACGCACCAGAAGAACCCCGACUUUGUCAAGCUCGCCGAGGCGAUGGGUGUCCAGGCCCGACGAUGCAUCAAGCCUGCCGAUGUUGAAGCAAGCCUUGAAUGGUUGAUCAGCGGAAGUGGCGACGGACCAGCUCUUCUCGAAGUCGUUACUGACAAGAAGGUGCCUGUCCUGCCCAUGGUGCCUGCUGGCAAGGCUCUCCACGAAUUUUUGGUUUAUGAUGAAGCCAAAGAAAAGGAGCGAAGAGCUCUCAUGAAGCAGAGAUCCGGUCAUUGAGCAGCAUAAUCACCAUAAUUUUCCGUUGAAUACCCCAAUCUAGGAGGACGAUCUGUAUAGGCGACGUACGCAUUCAUGAUUUCGCAGAAGCUUGAGACAUUGCACAAUUCCAGUGCAGAACCAGGCUCUCUUUGAAGAAUCCGACUAUUAUGUUGGAAGAAGAAAAGUGCACAAAAAGUUUGGCAGGAGUGUGAUUUUGAAACGGCUGUCGCAUGGGACCAUACAUGAUAUGAUCCCACAGUCAGUCUACGGGGUACAUAGCGUCGUUUUGAUCAGCCUGAAAACCAACGUUGAGCAUUUUGUCAGCCCUGCAUCUGAUUGUCUAUUUCUUUCGUAAUAUUUAACUUGUG